CUGAACUCAACUCUAAAGGUGCUACUGAUUUCUGUUUCAAUUACGCCGGUUUUACGAACAGAUUUGUUUAUAUAAUAUUUAUUGUUUUUUUUCCAAAGGUUAUUUAUUUAUAAAGUGAUGGCAAAAGGAGAAGGAACCGAACAAUAUUCCAACAAUAAUUUAUUAACGAAUAAACCGGUUAACCCAGAUGUGGUCAAAUUAGCUGUGAAGCGUGAACAGAAGAACAGGUUGUCCGUAUGCAACAAGCUGUGCUACGCGGUGGGAGGAGCGCCCUAUCAGAUCACAGGAUGUGCUCUCGGCUUCUUCCUUCAGAUAUACCUAUUGGACGUGGCCCAGUUGGACCCGUUCUAUGCGUCGAUCAUCCUGUUUGUGGGGAGGGCCUGGGACGCUAUAACGGAUCCCACCAUAGGCUUCCUGGUCUCCCGCUCUCCCUGGACACGCUUCGGACGCAUGUUGCCAUGGAUCCUGUUCUCCACUCCUCUAGCCGUGGUCAGUUACUUCCUCAUCUGGUAUGUUCCUGUGUUUGAGGAUGGGAGGGUCAUCUGGUACUUGGUCUUCUACUGCCUCUUCCAGACCCUUCAGACGUGUUUCCAUGUGCCCUACUCAGCUCUGACCAUGUUCAUCAGUGAAGAUCAGAAGGAGAGGGACUCUGCCACUGCUUACAGAAUGACGGUAGAGGUUCUGGGUACUGUGAUUGGCACAGCCGUCCAGGGUCAGAUUGUGGGCAUGGCCAACGCCCCCUGUAUCCCGACGCCCGGUGAUAAUGUCACGGCGGACGGGUUAAACUCCUCCCUGCUGCUGGAACAGGAAGUCAACGCCACGAUCACCACUGUCAUCACCCUGGACCAAACGAAAACGGCCUACAAUAUAGCCUCCGGUGUCAUCUGUUCCAUCUACGUGCUCUGUGCCGUGGUGCUGUUCUUCGGAGUCAAGGAGAAGAAAGAGUCGUCUCGCCCCCGGUCAGAGCUCAUGUCGUUCUGGCAGGGUAUCAGGCUGGUGAUGGGUCAUGGACCUUACGUCAAGCUGGUGAUGGGCUUCCUCUUCACUUCACUGGCUUUCAUGCUCCUGGAAGGGAACUUUGCUCUGUUCUGCUGCUACACUCUGGGCUUAAGGAACGACUUCCAGAACAUUCUACUGGUCAUCAUGCUCGCUGCGACGCUCACCAUCCCCUUCUGGCAGUGGUUCCUCACCAAGUUUGGCAAGAAGACAGCUGUGUACAUCGGCACCUCUUCUGUGAUCCCCUUCAUGAUCCUGGUGGUGUGUGUGAAGAGUAAUCUCAUCAUCACCUACCUCGUGUCGUUCGCUGCCGGGGUCGGAGUCGCUGCUGCCUUCCUGUUGCCAUGGUCCAUGCUGCCAGACGUGGUAGAUGACUUCCAGGUCCAGAACCCAGACUCUCGGGGUCACGAAGCCAUCUUUUAUUCCUUCUAUGUCUUCUUCACCAAGUUUGCCUCUGGAAUCUCUCUGGGGAUCUCCACUCUCAGCUUGGAUUUUGCAGGGUAUAUGACUCGAGGUUGCACCCAGCCUGAGAACGUGGAUAUAACCCUGAAGGUUCUGGUCUCCGCGGCGCCCAUAGGACUCCUUCUGAUUGGUCUGGUCAUAUUCCGCUCUUAUCCAAUCGACGAAGAGAGGAGGCAGGGCAACAGGAAGCUGCUGCAGGAGCAACGGGAAAAUGAGGCCGACUCCGAAACCGACUCGACAGAACUGACAAACAUGGUGUAGGUUCUAGAACACUCAUGGACCAAUGGCGUGACUGAUUGUUGCUUGCACUGGGUGGGGCUAAUGAGGGGGGGGGGGCUGGACCUAUCACAAAGGCGACACUGCUUCCAUCCAAUCACACUGCUGCUUCAGGUCUCUGAACUUUAAAGGAUCACUAACACAAGCUCCAAAAACAGAAAAUGUUUCUACAACUGCAGUUCCGUAUGGCAAGGAACGACAACAUACCCCCCCCCUCCCCAUGGCAAAGGAAGCAUAUGACUGACGGCCUUCCUGGUUUAAGUCCCGCCCACUUCAGCUAUGACUCAUUUUCCCAACAGACGUCACCCGCUGUGUUGUCAGUGUUGUUAGAAAUGCCAACCCAUUUCCUUGUGCACCACGCGGGGCUGUAACUGUAGUGGACUCCAUGGGGACUUUUUACGGUGUCAUUUCAGACGGUUUUUUUUAUGUCAAAUUAAUGUUGCACAGGAACCUUACUGUUAUGGGUACAAUGCAUAGUACUGUUGAUGUAUAUUGCCAUAACUUUAUCUAUUGUAGGUGUAACAGUAUAAUUUUAAACCGUCCCCUCGCCCAUACCCGGGCGCGAACCAGGGACCUUCUGCACACAUCAACAACAGUCACCCUCGAAGCGUCGUUACCCAUCGCUCCACAAAAGCCGUGGCCCUUGCAGAGCAAGGGGAAACACUACUUCAAGGUAUCAGAGCAAGUGACGUAACCGAUUGAAACGCUAUUUAGCGCACACCGCUAACUAAGCUAGCCGUUUCACAUCCGUUACAUAGGUAUAACUUGAAAGUCUCUAAUGACUUUAGACACUGCACUAGAACAAUUUACUACAAUCCUCUUUUUCCAGGGUGGAGAAGACUGUCAAAAGCUAAAUAAGAGCCUUUUUAUUCAUUUUAUUUUUUACUGGUAUCGGUUACAAAAGCCAGACAUUUUAAAAUAAUAUAUAUAUAUUUUUUGAUUAGAAUAU